GGCCGGUCCACAGUCAGGUCAGUCCACCAUUCAGGCCAGCCCAUCAUACACGCCAGUCCAUCAUUUAGGCUGGUCCAUCAUUCACGCUGGUCCAUAUUCAGGUAGAGAAGUGAAGUCAACAACACCUCAGUCAUGGGAGUGAGAGGGUUACAGUCAUUCUUGGAGUCCCACUGUGGACAGGCUUGCUACUCUGUUAACAUAGGCAAGGUUGCGGAUGAAUACCAAAGGCGGACUGGAAAAACUCCACUUAUUGUGGUGGAUGGCAUGUCUUGCAUGCGUAAGUUGUACGGCAAACUAAACUGGGUUUGUGGAGGUCAAUGGAAGGGUUAUAUUGAGCAUAUUCAAGAUUUUUACAAGAGUUUGACAGCUCACGGCAUUGUGCUUGUCCUCUUUUUUGAUGGCAACACACCAGAGCGCAAGCGAGAAACCUGGACUCAUCGGCGCCUGGAAAAUUUGAAGGAUGUAAUAACUUAUUUCACCAUUAUUAAAUCAAACAAAGAGUUGGAGCAUGGCAAACAUUUCUUCAUACCUACAGGACUGGCAGCCUUUACACCUUUGAUAUUUAAGGACAUACUUGGCUGUCAAGUAUACACUUGCCUAGAUGAAUGUGACAAAGCAGUAGCAGAGUAUGCCAAGAAGUAUGGUGCCAUGGGCAUCCUAGGCCAGGAUUCUGAUUACAUAAUUUAUAACACAGCUCAUUACUACUUCUCCAUAAACCAUUUAAACCUUGAAACCCUUGAUACUAUCAUGUAUGACCGCAAUGCUCUGUCUCGGGUUCUACACAUCAGUGUUGAUCAACUGCCUGUGCUCUCCUGCUUAAUAGGAAAUGAUGUGAUCCGUCAAGAGGAUCUGUUAUUGUUCCACCAGCAGUCGCUAAAGAUGUCAAGUCAUCACCACCACCGUCAUCAUAACCGGCCCCCACCAGAGAUUCUAAUCCCCAAGGUUGCCACCUUUAUCAAUACACAACCUUCUAUGGAUCAUCUCCUUCAGCAGCUUCCCCUCCUUGCAAGGGUAGUAUUCAGAGAUGAAGGUCGUGCACAUCUCCUGGUUGAGGGCAUCAAGAUGUAUCAGUUGGAUAUUGAUGGCCCUGACGAGUUCACCCAGAAAAUUGAAGACACAUCGGGUUUGGAUAUCAUGGAAAGAGUUCGUUUACGCCACGUAGAUAGUCAACUGGGCCGCCAUUUGUACACAAUACUAAGGGGGGAACCAUAUGAAUCAUCAACUACUCUUGAAGACUAUACUUCAAAUCUGCCAUCUGGUGCUAUAGUCUUCCAGAAUCUGCGAGCCAAGAUCUACAGAAUACUGCAGAAGUCUGUUAAAGAUGGGUGGACCCAGGUUCCAGAGUGGUGCAUGUACUCUGGUAGCACACUGAAGGAACCAGACAUGGUAGAUCCUGUGGAAUUGGAAGGAGGAAGUCCAUCACUGGAGGAGCUGUGGGAUGGUGAUCAAGACCUUAAGUGGAGAACCUUCCUUGACUCUGUUCAUCCAGUAUUAAAUGAAACCAAGAUUCGCACUCUUCCUCCACAUCUCAUUGUACCAGUUGCAAUUCUCUUCUAUUUACAGUGCAGUCAUCCGAAGCCAAUCUUAAAGGACUGGGAGAUGAAUGCCAUGAUGGCUGCUUUUUUGUCCCCAAUACGAGAAGACCUUAACCAGAUUCGUGCCAUUGCACUCCCAAGAAUUGAUGCUAGAGCUGUGCAUGUCGCUGCCAUCUUCAUGAAGGGACUGGCCAAUUUCUAUUUUCUCCUGGCAGCAUGUGACUUUCCAGUUGAACGAAAAUAUGCGGUUCCAUGGGCAUUCUGGGAUGGAAAAGUAUUUCAUCAUUACUACCUACGAGCCAAAUUAGGAGCCAAAAUAGAUGACCUCUGUGAGCACAAGGAUGAUAUUUUGAAGAAAUUUGUGGAGAUGAAAACUCUGAUACUACCCCACAUGCCUCCACCACUUCCUAUAUCAAGAACCUCAAAUUCUCCAGAACACUUGGCUCGUACUCCACAUGGCAGUCCUAAGAAGAGACACCAUGGGUUAAAUAAUACUCCCUCCACAUCCCCACCAGGCACUCCCAACUUGGAGCACCCCACCACUCUUGCCAUCACCAAGAACGUCCAUGGAAAGACUCCAUCCCGUGGAUCGUCUCCCCUUAUCUCUCCAAGUUCGCCACGUGGUGGCAACAAAUCCUAUAGUAAAGUUCACAAGUCUCCACAACCUAAGUCACCUGUUGCCAAAUCAUCUGCAGCUAAAUCUCCAGUUGCAAAGUCCCCAGCUAGGUCUCCUAAAAAAACUGCUUCAUGAUCACACAGUUAUCACACUGAAUUAGGUGAUAACACAAGACUUGUCAUACAUAACUAGGUUAUCACAGAUCAAGUGGCAUACCUAACUGGGAUAUCACACAGUGGGAUCACACAAGAUAUGUCGUACAUAACUAGGUCAUUAUGCAUCAUGGGUGGGAUACCUAACUAGGAUAUCACAAGGUGGAUUUUCAAUGCCUGACCAGAUGAUAUCUGAAGAACAUUACUUGGCUAGAUAUCAUAGAUGGUUGCCAUAACUGAUCAGAUAACCAAAUAAUAAAAUUACAGGUAUCCCAUCUGACAGGUGAUCUUAGAGGGGUAACCAUACCUUAUCAAGUGACCAGUAUAAUUGGAUUACCAUACCAACAAGUAAUCACAGAAUUUAAUUAUCAUUUCGUCCCGUAUGAUAGUACAGUUACCAUUAAUGCCAAAUCAGAUCGUUAAGGUGGUUUGCCAUACCGAAAAAAGUAUCCCAAUAGGAUUGUAAUUCCUGACCAGGGAUCAGAGAGUAGGGUAGUCAUGUCUAGGUAGAGCACACUUGCCAUGACUGAAUUUUCUUCAACUGAGCAACUGAUCAAUAGCAGAGUUAUAUUCAUUUUUGAUCACACUAGGUGUACCAAAUAGUUACACCAGGCUCACCAUAUCUAGGCAAUCAUGCAGUUGCAGAGCAGAGUUUACCUACACAGCUUGGUUAUUAAAUAAUAGAAUUAUAAUAAUAUUGAACUGUAGAACUGCCAUUUUAAUUCAUCUGAUAAUAGGAAUAUUGUCAUACUUGACCAGUUGAUUUCGGAACAUUGUUCUGUAUCCGAUUAAGAUUACCAUACCAGUCCAGGCACUGUAGUAAGGAUUUCCAUAGUCAUUUCUUUGAAAUUGCAUUUGUUUCAGUUUUGUAUUACAUACAUCAAUUUGGACAAAUGUAUCAAAUAUGGCUCUAUUGAUAACCACUGCAUGCUACACAGUAAAUGAUAUAGAGCUUUUACAACACUGCUUUUAAGCUCAAGGUGCUGUAGCAAGUGAUGUAGCUGUUGCUGAUAGAAUGGCAUUGGCAUGACACUGCAAACAUUUUCCUAAGAUUGUAACAUUGUUUGUAUCUUAUCAGGUGUUUGUCUCUUAUUGUUAUAUUUUUUAAUAAAAUAUGUCUUGUAUUUUACUGCCUAAUGCACAACUGUUUUAUAUGUUGUCAUAAUUUCAUCUCUUCAAGGCCUUGUCUAUGUAAUGGUGGCAGACUUUAUCUCCAUACAUAAUAAUUAAUCACUUGGUUUACAGAUGCUCUCAAUCUGCCUGCAAACCUGUAAAUUUUCUCACAGAUCAACUUAAACUCAUCAGCAUUUUUAUGCAGUUGUAACCAAAAUAUAUAGUAACCAAUUCCAGUAUUUAAAAAUAUUAGGUAAAACACUGAAUAUUAAAAACAAAAUUUUUAGAAAAAGCAGUUCACAUACCAUACUUGAAUAUUUAAAGAACAUCUUUUUUAAUAGAUCCAGUAUUAUUAUUUGAAGACAUGAACACUAAACUUGUGUGGGAUCAUACGACUUCUGGGUCCAUUAAAUCCUAGGCAUCCUCCCUUCCCACCACUACCAUGAGAUAAGGACUUUUUGUCAAGGUAAUGAGAAACCGAGUCAUGUGCGUAUUUAUAAGUAUGUAUUGUAAUAAUUUAUUCAGCAAAAUUAUUAUUUACCAAGUCUUUCAUUCAAAACUGUACAAAAUUUUGUGACUUGUCUUUUGAUUUAGGGAAUUGGAUCUGUGCUCCAGUUCCCCAAAUUAAGCCUGAAUGCCUUCCACAUACCCCCCCAGGCGCUGUAUAAUCCUCCGGGUUUAGCGCUUCCCCCUUGAUUGUAAUAAUAAUAAUAAUGUGACUUGUCUUAAACUGUAUAAUCUUACCGAGUCAUAGAUAAAAAAAAAAAUAUUAAACCCACCUCUUAUCUGAGGAUUAAGGAAGAAAAUGUACAACAUAUACCUUAGGAAUAUAAAAGUUGUGCUGAAUUAAUAGUACCUACUGGCUAAUGGUUAAUUGAGAGAAGAAUUUAUCCAGGGUGGUGAACAGCAUUUAUUUAUUGAUCUGCAACAUGUGUCUACAAUAACUAGACAUUUUAUCCAAAGCACCAGAGAGUUUAUCAGAAAAUACAAAAAAAAAAAAAAAAAACAUUUAAUUCGUGCUGGGGAUUGAAAGUUAGCUGUAUAAUUCACUGCCUAGGCUAACAUAUUGGUUAGAUAGAAUAAGGAGUUUGGCUAAGAUCAGUAAUAAUAAGCUUCAAGGUAUAACCCUGUUGAUAUAUUCAGUUUUUUCAAGAUGAGGUAGGUUUGAAAUGAGAAAGCCUCAUACACUUAUUGUAUAUCAACAAGACACUUAAAUUGUAUAUCAACAAGACACUUAAUUUGUAUAUCAACAAGACACUUAAUUUGUAAGUCCUUGACAAUUUAUUAAAAUUUAGUACAGAAAAUUUUCAUAAGUGUAGAUAACAGGGCAUGGUCUCAAUCCAGUACAGUAUAUGAAAAUGCAUUAUUAAAUAAUGAAGUCUGAGCACAAAGGACAUGCACUCUGUGCUUUAAUAUUUAGCUCCACUUGUGUAUUGUUAAAAAUCAAACUGCUGUAUAUUAGUGUUAAUGUAUGUCAGAAAAUAAAUAUUAAGUAGUUCCAGCAUUUACAGUCAGAAAAGCCUUAUUAUGUUACCAUCUUUUAUUUUAAAAAUAAAAAUGAAUUAGUCAUCUUAUUUUGCAAAUACUGUAGUUAAAAUGUGUGAGUCAAAUUGAAGUGUGUAUUCAAAAGCAAGUUAAGUAGCUCUUGCUAAUUGCAUAUUUUGAUAAUGUGUAAGUGCUCAGACUUAUAACCAAAUUAGUGUAUUGAGGUUUUGCAAUCGUGACUUAAAUCAGCUGAUUUACACUUGUUAGCCAUAUUGAUGGUGACUCAGCACAAACUUGUAUUGAUAAGCUUUGUGAUAAACUCACUAUUUAUAUCAUAUGGUAAACAUUAGAAAGUAUGUAAAAGCUUAAUACUAGCUAGUACUUUGCUGGGGGUUGGGUAAGAAGUUUAAGUCACUGUAAAAUACCUGGGGUUCAUUAAAAAAAUAAAGUAUGCCCCUUGUUUUAUGCUGUAGAUGUAUUCCAAGAGUAUGGCAAAUAUACUAAACUCAAUUAGGCAAUAAACACUUAAUUUUGUAUAAGAAUCUUAAUGCUCUUUGUGAACCGUUCCAAUUGUGUAUGUCAGUCAUAUAUUAUAUACACAGAAUUGCUGACAGAAAUAGGACAUUGCAUAAUAGAGAAUUUGCAUAAAAGAGUGAAACUUAUAUAAUUAAAGCAGGACUUUAUUAAAUAUGAAAUUUAACCUACAAAAGAACAGUACUUGAUUAUGCCUCUUGUAGGUGAAUCAUCAUACUUUAUGAAAGGUAAGUUUUCACCUACGUAUAUUUAUUUUAGCACCUAUUGGUACACCACCACACUCCAAUUAGCUGGGUUGAAACACACCAUCUUGUAAACAUUUACAAAGUCUAGUACUCUAUAAAUAAUUAUUAAUCCAUCUGUCAUUUGAUGCUAAGGUUUGACUCCCCGUAUAUUGCCCACUUUAACCGUUUCACUGUCUUCCACGUAGAUAUAUGUUAUUGAAGCCUCUGUUGUUCACGUGGAUCUACAUUUUAAGCAUGAUGCCCCUAAAUAUGCUGUGAGCAGUCUAGACAUUAGGGAAUGGGUCUGUGCAGUGGAUAUGCACAGUAUAAAAAGAACCUAUUGAGGAAGAGUUGAGCCUUGCCUGGUCUGUUUUAUGAAAUUUUACUAGGUCUGCUUCAGUUAAUGAGAUGGCCUAAACCAUGACCAAUCAUUCUUGGUUAUAUUUUAUUAUCUGAGAUAUAAGGUAAAACUUGAUUUUUUUGUGUGUGUGAUAGAUUCAAGAUGGAGAGCAAGCAUUAUUAUAGGAGAGACCUGUGGAUGUGAGUAAUGAAUGGAGGACAGGUUGCUUUAGUGACUGGAAUUCCUAUAGUGUUUAUUUUGUACCUUUUUAAAUUGGAAUUUGGUAAAUGUUGUGUAAAACUGGUCAGAUUACCAACCUCUAUGAACUUUACUGGGUAGUUCUGAUGGUUAAAUGGGUAGAUAGAAGAGAAGGCACACUAAUGAAGUAACUAGGAAUUGUGUCAAAUUGAGCAAUGGAAUUAGCUUAAAAUAGGACUUAAAGUGGGUGAAAUCACCAAAACACAUAUUGCGGCCAGACUGUCAACUCUGUACCUGUGUAAUUCUUUAAGUUUUCCAUCAAGCUUCUCAUUUUUUGUCAUUAUUUCCUGAAACGGUAGAGAACUUUUUCUGAAGAUAAAAUUUUCUUUUUAUUUCUGAAAAGUUGUGAUGCUUUCAGCACUUUUAAUUCUGGGGGGUCACAAUAGGAAAAGGUUAAGCUACACAUAUAACAACUUGUGAUGCUGGAAUACAUAACAUGAUCAAUUACUCAUAGAUAUAAAAAAGAAUAAAAAGUGAUGAAGACUUGGAGCACUUCUUAUUUUCUUCUCUCGCUGCCUUAAUGAAGAGCUGUUAAUCCAUAGAAUUUAAGCUACUGCUUCUUUCAUUGGAUUUAAUCUGAUUCCCUUCCCAGAUGCUGUUACCCACUAUAGCUUUAGUGCUUCCUGAAUUAAUGUCAAAUAUUAAAUGUAAGAGAGAGGGAGAUUACUUUCCAGUAAAAGUAGGCCUUAGACAGGGAAGUGUAAUGUCACCAUGGUUGUUUAGGAUAUUUAUAAACGGGGCUGUAAAAGAAGUAAAUGCUAGGGUGCUGGGGAGAGGGGUAAGAUUAAAUUAUGGGGAAUCAGAUUCAAAAUGGGAGUUGUCACAGUUACUUUUUGCUGAUGAUACUGUGCUUUUGGGGGAUUCUAAAGAGAAGUUGCAAAGGUUAGUGGAUGAGUGGGAGGGUGUGUAAAGAAAAUUGAAAGUGAACAUAGAUAAGAGUAAGGUGAUGAAGGUAUCAAAUGAGUUAGGUAAAGAAAAAUUGGUUAUCACAUUGGAGGGAAGGAGUAUGGAAGAAGUGAAUGUGUUCAGAUAUUUGGGAUUAGAUUUGUCAGCAGAUGCAGCAGAUGGGUUUAUGAAGGAUGGGGUUAACCAUAGAAUUCAUGAAGGAAAAAAGGAGUGGUGCAUUGAGAUAUCUGCGGAAACAAAAAAACGUUAUCUAAGAGAGUAUAGUGGUACUAACACUCUAAUAUGGGUGUGAAGCAUGGGUUAUGAAUGCUGCAGCGAGAAGGAAGCUGGAGGCAAUGGAGAUGUCAUGUCUAAGGGCAAUGUGUGGUGUAAAUAUUGUGGAAAGAAUUCGUAGUGUGGAAAUUAGGAGGUGGUGUGGAGUUACUGAAAGUAUUGUUUAGAGGGCUAAAGAGGGGUUAUUGAGGUGGUUUGGUCAUUUAGAGAGGGUGGAGCAAAAUAGGAUAACUCAGAGGGUGUAUAUAUCUGUAGUGGAGGGGAGGACGAGUAGGGGUCGUCCUAGGAAAGGAUGGAGAGAGGGGGUAAAAGAGAUUUUGUCUGCAAGGGGCUUGGACAUGCAGCAGGCAUGUGUGAGCAUGUGAGAUAGGAGUGAAUGGAGACAAGAGGUUUUUGGGACCUGAUGAGCUGUUGGAGUGUUAGCAGGGUAGUAUUUUGCGAAGGGAUUCAGGGAAACCAGUUAGCCAGAUAUGAGUCCUGGAAAUGGGAAGUACAAUGCUUGUGCUUUAAAGGAGGGGUUUGGAAUAUUGGCUGUUUGGAGUGGUAUCUAAACUGUUGUAGCUGGACACCUCUGCAAAGAGUGAUUAUGUGUGACUGAUGGUGAAAGUGUCAUUUUGGGUCACCCUGCCUCAGUGGGAGAUGGCUGACAUGAUGAAAAAAAUAAAUAAAUAUAAGUGCUAAAGCCAGAUUUGUUAUACAGUGCUGCAUUAUAAUAAUAGUGCUCACUUAAUGUUAACUUUGGUGUUAUUCAAUUAUUAUUAUUGUUAUACAGGUUGGCCAUCACUAAUCCAGCAUCAUUGGGACCUGUAGGGUGCCAGAUUACAGAGUGGUUAGGUUAGAAUACACUUAACCCAACAGCAAUAUUUAUUCGUCAGCGAUUUCCACCACUUUACUCCUUAUUUUUGGCCCAUUCCAUUGUUCCUGUCUACGAAACUCACUGCUAUUUCGCUAGUAUUCCUUCUAUCUUUCAUAUGAGUACAAGAAACUGCCCAUUUACCUAUUUCAGCUACCCAAUAAAAUGGUCAGAAAUUGGAAAUUUGUCCAAUUUCACACAAAUUUCAAGAGAUGCCAAUUUCAAAAUAGGAUCCAGAAUAAACAAUGCAGACAUUCCUAGCACUAAAAUAAAAUUUUUUGUUCAUUAGUCAUGUCUCCAGGCCCCUCUUAUAUUACGCUUGCUUUCCAAUUUGAAUUUUUAUUCACACAAAAAAUAAUUUACUGUUAAUCAGACUACUGCAUUAUUGUAAUUGUAUAAAUAAUAUCAACCCAUUCGUGACUGUUAGACUGGCCAGUUGGACACGUAUUGGAUGGUGACAUCAUUUGUUUACUCUUGAACAUUGGCAAAAAUCAAACAUUUCCCCUACUCUGAGCUCAAUUUUAAGGUACUUUCCGGUGUGAAACCAAUCAAAAUUAUAUCUAUUUUUUUGUAAUAUAUCUUCCAUUCUAUCAACUGAGACCAGAAAAACGAGAAUACAACCAUACAAACCAUACGGAAAUACACCGCAAAGUCACUGUUUUACACCAAAUGCACAGCUGCCUGUUUUUCUCAUUAUGCACUGUGCUGCAGGAUUUUUUUAUGUAGUGCGCACUUACCACACAGGCCCAAAUUUACCAGUCACAGUUUAUCUGAGUAAGCUGAGCUCAUGGGAACCGACAGUGGCUUCAAAGCCACCUUAUCUUAUAUGAACAAUGCACAGUGUAUGUGCUUUACACAACGAUAAGCAUUUUUUUUAUUCGUUGGACCCAUGGCUAGGGCUAAAAGUGAGCAGGUUAUAACAAUAAAUGAAGAAAAAGAAAUUGGAAUGACUUAUGCAGCAAGUAAUGCCACCAAACAGUAAUGGCAGGUUGGUGUUGCGACCUCAGAAAUUUGAAAUUAUGCUAGCUGAAAUUAGUGCUGGAUUACUGACUGCCAGAUUAGUGAUAGCCAACCUGUACAUUCAUGGUGAAACACUAAACUCGUAGGGUCAUCCAUCUGAGGAAUGGGAGGUAAUUAUGUUUGAUCCAAGGAAAGCGGAAAUCCUUCAUUUUUGUCUUAACAAAAUCCUUAGGGGACCCUCUAGAAUGUUAAAUUUGACUCAUCAUCUUGGCAAUUACUACAACUAACAGCACAAUAAUCAGUGGCCAUCAUACAGGCUUAGAAAGAUGAGAGAAAUUUUACAUGCAUGGUAUGUCCAAUAUGGCUAACAAUUAACCUAUGAUGUCAUGUGCAAAACCCCAAUAGCCAAACUCCUGUGUAUGUUCACUGUAACGAAACUGCUUUCCAUGCACCUGUAUUGGUUUUAUUAAUUUUUUCUGUGGUUUAGAUCACCAUUGAAUAAUUGGAAUCUGAAGCUCUGCAAAUAAUUAUUUUUAAAAUAUUGUUGGGAUGGUACAUAAAUAGCAACACCAGAUAUCAUAAUUAUUCAUAUACUGUAUAGUUUUAAACUAUAGUUGCAAUACAAAAAUUUAUAUGAAUUUGACUGGUAUUCAUGAUAGUGUAUAUGCUAUUUACACUUACUCUAAUACUAAGGUAAAUCACUAUCAUAAUUUCUUAGGUAAGAGUAAUUAACCUAACUUGCCUUACAACAGCAGAAGCUCUGCUUCAAGUUAAAGUGUUUUUAGUUUUACUUGCUGUCUUUUACUUCCUAAUCAUUACUAUUAUAUUCAUGUGGAUGCACAAAUUGCAGGGGUCAUAGAGCACCUGGGAAAUGAGAGGUAAUCAGGUUUGAUCUGAGUAAGGGGAGGCUGUCUCUGAUUCUUUUCUAUCAAUAAUCCCUUAAUAGUAUCAAGGUUUGCUGUCUUGUGCUAAUUAUACUUAUAUAAUAGAGAGAUGUUCCUUGCAUGCUAGGUCCAUUGGCAUACUAUGUAAAUAUUAUUAAUAUAUGUUGGAUGCUGUUAAGGGGCUCUUGAUCCAAGGAAUUAUACCUGACAUCCCUUUCCCUGUAGCAAACUUGAUUGCCUCUCAUUCCCUCAGGCACUGUUUGACCUUUACAAGUUCAGUGCUCCCCAUGAAUGUAAUAAUAAUAACAACAUAUGUCCAUAAUUUUCUAUGUAUACCUCUGAUAUCGUUAAACAGAUUCAAUACAGUAUUAUAUUCACGUUUGGCAGAAAAAUAGGUUCAUAUCUAUAAUACACACCUAUGUUCAGUUGUCUGACAGGUAUUAUUAGAUUAAGCUAGGAAUUUUUUAAGCCCAGUAGUUAAUGGCUUACAAGUGAUCUUAUACAAUGAAAUUAGUAAUGGUGGUAUUGCUACAUUAAGGCAUAAUACUGUAGAGAUAUUUAAUUAUUAUUUGGUACAAUUGCAGUAUGACUUCAUAAUUAAUUUUAUACAUUACCAAAACUGCAAAAUAUGGAAAGGUGUAUAUACAGCAUUUAGUCACCAGCUUAUAUACCGUAGCCGCAGGUAAUGUAUUCACGCAGAUUUUAAAAUAACUAUAAAUUAAAGUAUCCCAGGCUCAGAAAAGCAGUGUCCUGUUUUGUUGUCAUUUCUACCUUUUUAUUGUGCUGCUAGUGAAGUCUCAAUCUGUGGCUACCCUAAAUACAAUAUUAUAGAGCUAGGCUGUUUUGUCUUACAAAUAAAAAUAAUAAUCUAGACAGAGCUAUUAUCAAGAGAUUUUGCAGUAUCUUAAUCAUGGUGUUUGUAACCUAACUUUAACUGUAUAAUUAAUUUACACGUAUGUGAGCAUAACCAGAAAAAAAUGACAUCGAGCAAAGAAUAUUUCCUAGAAAAUGAAUGAAGCUUCAUGCUUUUGUUGUACUUCAAGACAUGAGAGAAUAGCAAAGUAGUGACCUGAAGAUUAGGAGGGCUAUUCUUGGUUGUCAGAUCUUAAUUUUGUCAGCACUGAUUGCAUAUGCACUUGAUUAAGUUUGUAUAUUCCACCAUCCAACCUUAUGCUACUUCUUAUCUAGUAAGGUUCUCACCAUAUCUUAAAUUGUGCUGAUACUGUUUUGUCAAAACCUUUUCUCUAGAUGGUUUCCUCAUUCAUCUAUUUAAACUUUUUACAGUUUUUUGUAAGGAAAACUACAAGGAUGGGUAAAUGCCAUGUAAUAGAAAUGGGGGAAUCUGAAAACAGGCCACCAAAGAAUACACUCUAUAAAAUUAAAUAUUAAAGAGCUGACAAAAGAAGGACCUAUGAGUUAUCAUUAACAAAAAGAUUGACACUGGAAAAUCACAGAUGAAAUACUGAGAAACUCUUGUGACACUGGUCAGCUUUAAAACAGAUGUGGAAAUGCUGAAAAAUCUGUUCAAACAUACACUAAAUCAAAACUGUAGUGUACAGUGAUUAAACUGUCUGCAGCUUAAAAAAAAAGUGAUGACCAAGCUAGUAAAAGACCAAAGAUGAGCUACAAGAUGGCUCCCCGAGCUAAAAAAAAAAAAAUAAUUAUGGACAAGGGGUAAAAGUAUAUUAAUGAAUAUGGCCUCUUUGGAUGAUAGACGAUAAAGCAGAGUUAUGAUAACCACACUUAAGAUUUUAAAUGGUUAGAAGAGAGUUGACAAGAAAGACUUCCUAACCCCCAUCAACUGCCACAACAAGAGGCUAUAACUAAACUAAAGAGGAAAAGUUUUUGAAAGAAUAUUAGACAAUUUUUCUGACAAACAGGGGUAUAAAAAGGGAAUGAUUUACAAAAGGGAGUAGUAAAUUAACUUUUUCAAAGACAAAAUACUGUACUAAAACUGGGACAUUAUAAGCUUAAUUUUAAUAAGAGCAAGGACUUGCUGUUAUGAGAAUACUACUAUAUGCUUCUAAAUUCACAACUCCCUUACUAUUAUCAAUUUUUAUAUUAGGUUCCAUGACUCCACAAAUGAGUCUACAAGUUAUAUUACUAAGGCAAAUGCUUGGUUUCAGUAGAGUGUAUUUAAUAAAUGUCUUAAAUAAUUCUUAAAGUUUUAAGGAAAUUGAUAGAGAAAAAACUACUGGUAGUCAUGCUAAAAUUAACUGUAAUUAGAAAAUUAAGAUAAACAAGAGGUUACCCGACUUAUAAACACCCAGGUUACAACAAGUCAUACAUAUAAACAAGAUGCAAAAGACACUAUGUUCAAAAAAUAAUUGUUUUAUGGAUGUUGAUUUGCAGUUACAAACAUGUUUCACAUAUGUAUGUAGUUAUCUUUUGUACUAUUAUUUUUUUUAGAGGAUGAUAGGUUCAAGAUUAUAAAUGACUAAUUUGUAAGUUGAAACACCAGGAGUGUUACUUGUUCAUAAGUUAUGCACUCCCUAUAUAGUUAAUCAUCUUGAUAGGUUUUGUUGACGGUGAAACAAUGUUCUUUAAUAAUAAUCAUAUCCAGAAAAUGGGAGUAUUGUACUGCAGUAAUGUUUAUACAUAUAAAAAAAUAUUAGUAAAUAGGUCUGUGUUUUGACUUGUAUGCAGAGGCUAUAGUUAGGCAAAUACAGUACCUUGCAUCCUCAAGAAAAUACCGCAAAUAGUUUGAUGCUAAGCAUACAGCCAUCCUACUGUACUAUACUUGUAAGGUCAAACUAUAUAUGGAAGCACCAUGUGUGCACAAUCAGCAUGUAUAAAAACAAUGACCCUUCAAGGGGGUGCCUUGAUGUUGGUGAAGGGCUCGUGAUUCAAGGAAAUGGAGCUAUCAUUCCCUUCCUCAGAUCAAAACUAAUUAACUCCCCACCAUUUCCCAGAUGAUGUAUGACCCAUACAGGUUUAGUGCCUCCCCAUGAUCAUAACAACAGUAUAUGUAUCAAGAAUGAACAUACAUAGUUCAAAACUAAUGAAAACAAUGAUGAGGUCAAA